GUGAUGCUCGGGGGCCUUUUGCUGCAGGCCUUAUCGAAUUCUUUUCAAGCAGAGGCCGACUCUCCUGCAGCCCUGCUGCUGGCUCGGGGCUUCGUGGGCUUGGCGACGAGCACCGGUCCGGUGGAGAUGGCUUACAUCAUGGACUACACGCGCGACGAGCAGCA